UGAAUUAAUUUAAACGGUAUUAUUGUACUUGAAGUACCACAUUGUUAUUGUACCUUGUCGUUAUGAAUAAUAACUGAUAUUUCGUGUAUUUUAGAGUGGCUGGAACCAAGGCACCGUUUUGUCCCCACAUGGGUCCCCUUCCCCAUCCCACCCCCACCUUGUGUUCCGCUUUGAACCCCUCUUCAUCCUCCAUUUCGGCGUCGCCCGCGGGUCACCCGAAUCGUUAGUUGCGGCUGCAUUUUCGAUCAAUAUUGCUCGUUUGAACGUAAUGAUUCACGUUACGAGCAUUGCGCCUUUCCUCUGACUUGAGCUGUGCAAUGUCCGUCUUUAUUCAUUGACAAAUUUAUCGCGUUGAAAUGUGGUGGAGGACAUGAUCCUCCUCCCCCAGGAUGGGAUCUUUGUUGGAUUAUCCACUGAGGACCACGGGCAGCAGCUCGGACGGGACCGAGGACUCGGAUUUCUCCGCCGACCUCGAGCCCGCCGAAGCCGUCGGCAGCGCGCAGACACGGAACAGCGCGCGCCUGACUCGAACAUCCCUUCGUCUCAGCCAAAGCACGCGAGAAAACUCCAAUACAACACGGACCAGUUCUCCUGCCCCAGUGGAGGCAGCAGCCUCUGCGUUUUUAUCGGGACGCAGGAUAACACGCAGCCAACAGGGGGCGACAAACACCGCGGCCAAAAAAUACCCACUGCGUCAGGGCAGAUUGUCCAGCUCAGAUACGGAGGGUAAUAAUGGUUCUGCAGGCAUAAAGCAGGCAGCGGACCAAGACGAGACGCCUCCCCGUACGCCGACUGGCAAUGCCCCGUCUUCCGAGUCAGACGUUGAGACCUCCAGCCCCGGGAAUGACCUGGUUUCCUCCAGCAAUGAUGUCGUCGUUUCGCAAGAGGACGACGAGAGGUUGGCGAAAGAGCUUUCGCUGAAAGAGGCCGCUGCUCACGACCUUUCUCACAGACCCAAACGACGGCGCUUUCACGAGAGCUACAAUUUCAACAUGAAGUGCCCCACCCCUGGAUGCAACUCACUGGGUCAUCUGACAGGGAGACAUGAGAGACACUUCUCCAUAUCAGGGUGUCCUCUUUACCACAACCUCUCAACUGAUGAAUGCAAGGGCAAGACGCCGACUCGCGAGAAACAGACCGAUGAAAGGACGCUGUCUCACCGUCAUGACGAGAAUAGAAAUUCCGCGAGGAACCAGACCCCAACAGAACGUCAGCUGCGCUACAAGGAGAAGGUGACUGAGCUGAGGAAGAAGAGGAAUGCAGGCCUCAAUAAGGAUGAGAAGGACAAGUGCAUGGAUCAUCGUCAGAGCCACGGGAUGAGCCGGGAGCCCCUGCUGGAGAACAUCACCAGCGAUUAUGACCUGGACUUGUUCAGGAAAGCGCAGGCACGUGCCUCGGAGGACCUUGAGAAGCUUCGUCUGGCUGGCCAGGUGUCGGAGGGGAGCAACAUGAUAAAGAUCAUCGUGUUCGGACGCUAUGAACUGGACACGUGGUACCACUCACCGUACCCGGAGGAAUACGCCCGCUUGGGGAGGCUGUACAUGUGCGAAUUCUGCCUCAAGUAUAUGAAAAGCCAGACCAUCUUGCGCAGGCAUAUGGCCAAGUGCGUUUGGAAGCAUCCUCCAGGUGAUGAGAUCUAUCGAAAAGGCAACAUUUCAGUUUUUGAGGUUGACGGCAAAAAGAACAAGAUUUUCUGUCAGAACCUGUGUCUGCUGGCCAAACUCUUUCUCGACCACAAGACUUUGUACUAUGAUGUUGAACCUUUCCUCUUCUACGUGAUGACUGAGGUUGACAACACAGGGUGCCAUCUUGUCGGAUAUUUCUCCAAGGAAAAAAAUUCUUUCCUAAACUACAAUGUAUCCUGCAUCCUCACCAUGCCACAGUACAUGAGGCAGGGUUACGGCAAAAUGCUUAUAGACUUCAGUUAUCUGUUAUCGAAGGUGGAGGAGAAAGUGGGCUCACCAGAGCGACCCUUAUCCGACCUGGGCCUUAUCAGCUAUCGGAGUUACUGGAAGGAGGUGCUGCUGCGCUACCUGAACAACUUUAAGGGGAAGGAGAUCUCCAUUAAAGAGAUCAGCCAGGAGACUGCAGUGAACCCGGUGGACAUUGUCAGCACGCUGCAAUCCCUCCAGAUGCUCAAAUACUGGAAGGGGAAGCACUUGGUUUUAAAACGACAGGACCUUAUCGAUGACUGGAAAGCCAAGGAGCGCAAACGCGGUAAUGGCAAGACCAUCGAUCCCGCAGCCUUGAAGUGGACACCGCCUAAAGGGACAUAGAGAAGCUUCUUUUGACACUCCAGCCCGAAAAGCGGUCCCAUCCUGUUCUGCACACUGGCAAGCACGCACACAAAAUACUCACACUCGCACUGUUGUUCGAAAACGCCUCCAGCGGCGUUUUAGAAAGUCAGAUAUUGUUCCGGCUUUGGCACUCACUGUAAUUACAACAACAACAAUAUAUUUGUUGCCUCCGCGGCUUCGACUAAUUAUUGUACCAUAUUAAGGUCUCUGGUGUUCUCCCUUGAAUGUUUGUCAGCUUGAAUAAGGACGCUUUUGGGAAAAUGUAGCAGGCAGCGAUGUAGGAGAUAUGAAGGAUCGCUGCUUACAUGUUCAACCUGUUAACUGUAUUUCCAGACUUCUCUGCCAUACGACUAUUGAGGAGCUCUUUUCCAAAACACUAUAAAGCCAUUUGUUCUUGAUUUAUAUACCGAGCCCUUCUAAAUUACAAACGUUGUUUUAUCCUAGGAAAGUAAUUUGUAGCCUCAUUCCAAACAUGUACAAAAUGUAAUAGUCUACUCAAUGAAUGGCCUGGCAAGAUGGAUUUUUUCGUUCACUCGCUGACUCAGGCUCGCUGUUUGAUUUUUUUUGGGGGGGGGGGGAAGAGCGCCUCAAUGACACUGUUCUCAAGACAGUACAAUGCAGGCAGAAAUUAAAAAGAAAUGUUCUCAAUAUUAGUAAGUAUGACCUGAAAUCACCCUGAUGGAGCUCUGACUGGAAAAUACUUGAAAACCAAAAAAUUCCCACCCUUGUUGGUCUUUAUGGAAAAAGACUCACCCAAAAAUUGGCCGGAUUUAUGUCGAAUGAAAUGUACAUGCAGAAAUGAUCAGAUAAAGUAUGGUACUCACGUUUGUUCUGCAGUAGUGUAACCGAUUAUGCAUGCCAGGUAUUUAACCGAUCAUACAUGCAAACUAUAGCUGCCAUUGGCCUUAUUUGGACCUUGUCCCAUAUUAAGGUCUUUAAUUUAAGAAGGGACCUGCAUUGAUUCAUUUAUGUUCCAUUUCCUGUCUUUCCCUCAAAGUUCUCAAUAUUUGAUAAUUUUCUACCUCUUUUAGUUUCACCACUGUAUAAAUGUGAGAAUAUUCCAUUUGAAUACUUAUUACUGUGUGGGGAAAAAAAGUUGUGUACAGCAUUUUUUUUACUAGAUUUCUUUUUUUUACUAGAAAGAAAAGUUUUAUUUAUGUUUUAACACUGUGUAAAAUAACAUUGUGAGUUACAGGAUGCUUCCACAUGAAUAGAAAUGUUGAUGUAAAAACACAUUAUUUUCUCAAAAGCUACUGUAGGAUGGGUUAUUUACAUUUUAAUCAUUUUAUAUCUGAUCGCCUAAGACUGGAUUUUACACUGCAGGUCCGAUUACAAAAGAAAACCUAUCCAAUGAUUUUUCUUUUCCAUUCACAUUUUUGUGUAGAGUGAACAGCUUGCAUCAUCAAAGUUUAUUCGAACUGCGCAUUUAUGUUGCACUUGUACUGGCAGCUCCCCAAUGCGUACUAGAUUUUGAUCCACAUUUGAAAGCGGACUGAUGAUACCUGAUUGAUUACAUGAUGUAUUUUUUCCCACUGCCAUGACACAAAUCUGAAUUGAGAGCCCCCCCCAAAAAAAGCAGAACCAUCCAUCCCGUCGCAGUGUAAUUGCAGUCAAAUGAAAUCAUGUUACUGUCACACUAAUGUACAGCUCGGCACUUUCCCUGUUGCCGUUGAUGCAAAGAAGAUGGCACUGAGACAAGGAAACGGUUCUCCUAUAAGUUUGUUCAGUCAACAUUUUUGUAUUUUUGUCUUUGAGACUGCACACCUCUCACUCAGUUUGGAUGAAUAGACAGUAUACUGUACAUUAGGGCAUUUUGGAAAGAGUUCUUAAGUGUGUUAUUAAAACAAGCAAGCAGUUAGCAGAAUAUUUUAGUUUUGCUCUUCUUGGAGUUGCUGGCUUCUUCGCAAAUGCUUCUGACAAAUAUAUUUUUUUGGGGUGUAGCCCUUUGUUGACUAGCAAAAUUGUGUACUAAUGACAAAAUGUCUUUACAUAAUGAGAACUCUCUGGUAUGGCCUCUGUUUCCAGUACUUAAACUAGUAUUUAGCAAUACCUUCCAUUGUCUUAUAAGAAUCUGUUUUGCUUCUUCAAAUGUAUUUUAUUUGUGUAUUUUGAUGCUUUUUUUAAACCCAAAAAAAAACACAUUAUUUAUGUUUACUGUUGCUUAUUGUGUUGUUGAUGCUAUUGUGCACUGCUUCUUCAAACAUCCUGACUCUUAAAUGUUUUGCCAAGGCUAAAGUGCUUUUAUUGGGAAGUGCACUUUUUUUGUGUGUGAAAGUUUUUCAAUUUAAUUUUAUUUAGAAUAUUUCCAUUGGUUUUUGUGCCUGUGAAAUUUGGGAAAUGGGGAUGUUUGCUAUUCAGUGAGCCAAUGGCAGCUAUGGACCACCAGCUUCCGAAACACUUUGCUUUGGGCAUUAACACAUCUUGAGUGUAUUUAUGUCAUCUUUAAUUUCAAAGCACCUCGCUCUGUAUUUCUAGUGACACAAUGCAGCAACAGUGAAACAUAGCUUAGCUUAAAAUAUGUAGCUCAGUUGUGCUUUGGUGAUAGCUGCCGCCUUCUGCUUCCUCUUCAAUAAAUACUAAAUGAGGUUUCAGUGACGUGGUGUUUGUGUUACAGUCUAUCAUUGCAACAAUUUGGAUACAAUCUGACACAUUUAAUGCAGGUGUUUUUGAAAGUGGGCAUCUAUUG